CAAUCGGGUAUUUCUGCCUUGAUUUUCUUUAGCUAUAUCUAUUAUACUUACACCGAGUCCCAAGAGAUAAGUGGAAAUUGCUCUGAAGGGUCACAAACUUUAACCUGCUGUUAUAAUUUCUACCUGAGUGAUGACCAAUGCAAACCUUGUAAUGACGGUUACUUUGGAGAUAAUUGUAGUGUUACAUGCAUUGCUCCUGAGUACGGAAAAUCAUGUGGGCAAAAGUGCGACUGUCCCGAUGAACUAUGUAACCAUGUCUAUGGAUGUCAAGCAAUAGAUGCAACGACUCCCAGAGUUUACCAAAUUACAACAUCUCAACACAUUACAUCAACAUUUAUGAAAAUCAAUGAGGAAACAUCAGAGAUACAUAUGGUACAAGCUGAUACAAAACAUGUGACAACGGUCAAGUCGGAAAAUGGUCGACAGAUAUCGACAAGAACUGUUAUCAUAUCAGAAAACGAAGUAAAAAAUAAUAAUAAUGUGAUAAUUAUCAUUGGCACUAUUAUUGCCUCGUUUUUGGCAAUUCUAACACUGAUUCAGAUAUAUGGUAAAUGUAAACCGAAAUUGAAAAAACGAACAUCAACACAGCAAAGUGAUCCUGAAACUUAUGAUGAAAUAGAGGAGUCUGCUAUUCUUUCAAGUGUCCGAAGUAAUCGUUACCAAGACUCUAGAAUGCAACAGACAAAGUAUGACGAGUUAAAAGAAGCAACAAAAAACGAAUACUUAUUUAUAAAAUGUGAAACACCAGACAUUAAUAAUAAGGAAAAUUAUAAUGCACCUUCAUCAGAUACAGCAAAUACAAGUCCUGUAUCUCAUGAUCACUUGAGUAAGUUAUCAAAUAACACAGACUCUCCUGAUAGAGACAAAGACUCGUAUUUAGAGCCGAUUGCUGGCCCAACACCUCAUCAAUAUACAGAAGUUAUUGAGAAUCCAUAUUUAGAUGCAGUACACUGUAUAGCUGACAGUGAUAAAACUCAGUCUCAAGACUGUACAUUAUCAAUACAGUAUGAUGAUGUGCUACCAAAUAGGACAGAAAAGUAUUUCCAUUGUUAUUAA